UACACGUGUUCACAGGGUGUUAAUAAGGGAAAACUCCCGCUGUUGGAACGACACCCUGACCCGUAAUGUUUAUUCAUUAAUUUUUCCGAUAUGGCAUGGAUUAACGAUGACUACCCUUGAACUGUAGAACGUUCCGAAAGUAAGUAGCUGGACAUGACUUUCCCUGCAGGGGCUCAUGUGUUAAGGAAAGUCUUUAUCCCUCAUGGCUGUGCCCUUAUCUUCAGAUUGCUUUUAGCUGUGAUUUGUCUGAGCGUGCCAGGUUUUGCUUGUCCCAAGAGCUGCCACUGCUCUGAGAGGAAUAGCUUGACAGUAGUGCAGUGCUCUUCUCGAAACCUAGAAGAGAUUCCUCCUGACCUUCCGCACGAUACAGUGUCGCUUCAACUCUCCUCCAAUCAUAUCACUAAAAUACCAAACCAGGCUUUUAAAAACUUGCCCUGGCUGCAAGAGCUGGACUUGUCGAGGAAUGCUAUUGAAACUGUGGAUGCUGGGGCUUUUAAGGGUGUCAGCGAGGGCUUGCGGAUGCUCGACCUGUCCCAUAAUCACAUGCAAGGCGUCCCCAAGGAGGCCUUCGCUCGGCUUCAUGCAAAAAUCAGCCUGUCUAAUAACCCGUGGCACUGUGAGUGUACUCCAGAGGUUUUACGUGAACUCCGUCUGGAUCCUGAGACGGUGAACGAGGUGAGCUGCCACACCUCUGAUCAGGAGAAGUACGCAGGCAAACCUGUCAUCCAAGUCUUGGAUUCGGGCAUAAACUUUUGCAACUUCCACCAUAAGACAACCGACGUUGCCAUGUUUGUCACCAUGUUUGGUUGGUUCACAAUGGUUAUCGCUUAUGUCAUCUAUUACGUACGACAUAACCAGGAAGAUGCCAGGAGACAUCUGGAGUACCUCAAGUCUCUGCCAAGUAGCUCUCAAAUUAGUAAGGACUUUGACACAAUCAGCACUGUUCUCUAG